CGUCGUUCGUUCCGUACGUGAAUCAGCCAACAGCCGUAGCAAGAUGUAAUCUCGCGAUCCGCAGCGCAGAGUGAGUGUUCCAAUAAAAUUGGUACCAUCAACUACGAACGAACUACUUUUUUCGUUUACCGUCGUCGUCGCGGACAAGAGGAGUCGGAAUUUUCUCUAUUAUUUUCGCUAAUAAACUCCUCGGGGCAGAUUCCAGUCGCGCGAGUGCCUGUGUAUGGUGAAAGAAACUGUCGCCUGGUUAGUUCCAGCGAAAUUCGGAUUGCAUUCCGCGGGUUUCCUGCGUAGAAAAAAAAAAAGGUUGGAAAAGAGUGCAAAGUGCGUUGUGGUGAGGGUUUGUGUUGUGGCAGCUUCCUCCCCCGUUGCUUUUGCAUUCGGAUAACGGCACAGUGAAAAUUUUGGAUUGAAUUCGGGUAGGAAAAUAAUUGACCACAAAAAGGCAUAGUAAAUUCGGGUUAAAAGAACGGAGGAGCACCUUAAUUUGUGACCUUCGCCGAGAUUCAUAUGACUCGCUCGUUGUGUGUUUGUGUGCAACGGAAUCGAACAAUAAGAAGACUGCCCUAGAAGCUGAAGCUGACUGCCUGUCCGUGACAAGUCGUGUGUGGAGAGGGAGUGGGAUCGGUUUCAUUCGCAGCCUCAGCAGAGCACCAGCCAGCAGGUCUAGAGAUUGCAAAAUCUAUAUUUUCCAUCACUUGCUUGUGUCUGAGUCUGGGAUGGUGUCUCCGUGAGUUGCACAGACUGCAGCACUUCAUCAUCAUCGUAGUCUGUAUUUUAUUUUAACACCAUACUUAGCUGGAGAUGAUGUCGGGGAAAAUAAAAGUGAAUAAAGUGAAAAGUACCUUGCUAAGCUGAGAAAAAUGCAAACGAGAAAACAGGAAGGGUGUUGCUGCUGCUGGUGCAUCGGCAGAAUAGUGUACUGGUUUAUAUAACGAAGCGAAAGGGAAGAGAAUCGUGUGUGCAAUCAACACUAUUGUGUUGCGAUACCCUUCCUAGUGCAGCGCUUGUUUACGAUUUCUGGACCUGCCGGAGGAAUAUAACAACGAAGGCACAAAGGGGGAUCAAGUGCAGUACAGUAUCGAAUUUCUGCGCGAGGCGCUGUGUGUGUGUGUGCAUGUUUUAAUCUUAAAAAAUAGAAUACAUUGCAUUCGAUUCCACACAGCCAGUCAGUGAACAUCGCAGACAAAAAAAAAAAAAAAAAAAGCAGUGGCUAAACAAAAGAAGAGCGCCGAGGUUUAAUUAAAUCCGUAUCGCGAGUGGAAAAAGUAGGAGCACGGCGGAAAAAUUGAAUGUAUAGUGAAAAUAAGCCAUGUUCCAUUGUUGUUGUUGUUGUUGCUGUUGAUGUUGUUAUGAAAUGCCGUAAGGCAGGAGGUUAAAACAACGAUCGUUCCAGUUCGAUGUGGCCCGAUGGAUGGAUGGUUGGCGCUAAGUUAGUGCAAAUAUCGCGCGACUGAAAGAGUCUUUCUACACAGUUAUUACAUGGGAAAUGCCUGCUAAAUCAAGUCAAUGAAUUCCCCCAGGUGUAAGAAGCGCACGUGCGCAAGCUGAAGAGUGAAGAAGUUAUGUACAUUGGCACUGUUUUAGGGGUUGAAGUGAGUGACGUGCAUACGCGGAUGACGAACUCCAAAUAGAGUCAUCUUACGAAGAAAAAAAAAACGACAAAGUGUCGCCUAGCAUUGCGGUCACCGUGAGUGCGAGAAGUGGGACCACCUACACCCACCACCCAUCCCAUCCAUAUACGAAUACUCGUCCGAACCAUCCGGAAAGUUAGUGCAAAACGGAGAAUAAAAUGAGCUGGCUUCGGUCCAGCCCGCUGCGGCAGAGUUUCAGCAAAGCCGGAGGCGGCAGCGGGGCCGGCUCCGGUCGCGGAGGAAGCGCCACUAACGGAUCCGUCCGGGCGUUCGAUGCGUCCGAAUGCGAUCCGAAGGCGUGCUACGAUAGUUUCUGCAUCCACUGGCAGCAGGCGUACGAGAUCAUCCAGCGAUCGGAGAACAAUCGUGGUCAAUCACACGAUGACGUCCUCGGAGUGGUCACCCAUCUGGAUCACAUGGUCACUCUGUUGCUGGUGGAACUACACCACUGCAACAAGCUAAACCUACCGGGAGCUCCGACCCCAUCGGCACCCUGCUUGGAGCACCUGCUGAGCGAGAACCUACUGGACAAACUCUACGAAUGGGGCGUCAAAACGGGAAGAUAUGCCAACGCCGUCCGGUUGGAGCAGCUCAAGCUAUACGAACAGCUAGUCAGUCACAGUCGGCAUCAGCUGUUGGUCCACGAGCCGUUUCUGAGGCCGCUGCUCAAGAUAUUGGCUUCGAGCCAGAACGAGAUCUAUCCGCCGGACGUGGAGAAACGGUUGGUCAUACUGCUCAACCAGCUGUGUGUGGUGCUGAUGCAGAACGUCCAUCUGUUGGAUUUGUUCUUCUUCUCGACCGCGCAGCAGAACGGCAGCGGAGGACAUGCCAACUUCAUAAUCUUCUCCCUGCUGAUACCGUACGUCCACCGGGAAGGUUCCCUUGGUCAUCAGGCACGGGACGCCCUGCUCCUGUGCAUGGCCCUGUCCCAGAAGAACUCCAACGUGGGAACGUACAUCGCUACAUACUCAUCGAUCUGCCCCGUGCUGGUCACCGGUUUGGGUGGAUUGUACUCGCGCUUGCCAAAUCAGAUCGACAUCAAAACCAUCGAUUGGUACCGGAUAACAACGGACGACGUGACGGAACUGCAGGAGUUGACGCUGUUUAUGAAUUCGUUGGAAUUUUGCAACGCUGUGGUGCAGGUGGCGCACAGCAUGAUCCGGCAGCAGUUGCUGGACUUUCUGUACCAAGGUUUUUUGGUACCAGUGCUGGGACCGGCCGUUCUACAGACAUUUAAAGGUCGAGGUCAAUUCCAGACAAACGUCGAGUCGCAAGUUUCGGCGAUGGCCUAUCUGGAUCUGAUCGUGCGCUCGGUCACCGAACCGGGGCUGAUUCAGAUCAUCGUCAAGUUUCUACUGGACGAGGACAAGUUCGACGGCCAGCGGAUAUUGGACGUCCUGGUGGAGCGGCUCAACAGCAACGAUUCAAGGCUAUGUAUGAUUUCGCUUUCCCUGUUCGACACGCUGUUGAGUCUCAACUGCGAGGACAUCAUGCUGGAACUGAUCAUGAAGUAUCUGCUCACCUGUCAGCACGUGCCCAUCUCGCAUCGAUUCAAGGUGAACCGCGUGGAUCCUUACAGCAAUGCCGUUGAGUACUUUCUCAACACUUCUCCGGAUAUUAUGAAGAAGGUCAACAACGUCCUAAGCAUCAACAACAACAAUCCGAGCAUUGGCGGAAGUGCGUCCCAGGUUGGCGGUGGGCGGAACGUCAGCAAAACGAUUGGUGCCAACUGGAACCACUACGGGUUGAAUACGGGUGAAACGCUCCUGGCCAACUACCAGGCAUACCUGUUGGAGGCCCGUAGCCGGAUCGUCCAAUGCAAGCAUGCCUGUGAUCAGUGGAACAAUGUGUAUCGUUACCAAAAAUUGAACAAGCUGGUGAACAACAAUAGUAAUAGUCUAAGCCCUAACGGUAAUGGAACGGCUAGUGAAGACGUUCGAACGUAUAAAGUACAAAUGAUCAAAAACUUCCUGUCGGAGUUUACUACCGCACCGGAUAGUGCGGUGGACAUGACGGGGGAUGGUGACCGUUCGAGUCAGUGUCAAUCUCCGGCCGGCAUGUUCGGCACCGGGGUAGGAGGAGGUCAACAGCUGACGGCAACAUCCAAGCAACUAGACAGUUUGCAAUCGCUGGGCGAUAGCAGUGGGUACGAGAGUUUGAACAUCACAAAUCUGGGAACGGGCAGCGAAGACGGUCGGCGGCAUGAAUCGUGGAAGGUGUCCAGCGUGAAGGAGGAAACCAUCGUGGAUCUGGAUCUGUCGGAGGACCUGUUCGCGCAAGGGACUGUUAGUUUGGGUCCCUUCCUAACGGCCAUAUGGGGCAAGCUGCAAACGUUUACCAGCAAUUGCUUGUACGUCAAUCUACACCUCACCGGACUGAUUAGCCAUCUGGCGUGGUUUCCUCUGCCGUUGCUGCACUCCAUUCUGCUGCGGCCGGACAUACCGACCACGUCCGACACGCCGUCGUUUCAUCAGGUGCUGAAAAUUCUCAAACAACAAAUCGACGCCGAAUUGCCCGAGUGUGAGGAAUCGCUGGAGAUCGUGGACGUGGCCCGGUCCUUCCUCGUGGAUCGCGAAUUCCGGCUCAUCAAUAUGCGUAAGAAUGCCAUCGAAUCGAACGCGACCAGUGGUGGUAAACUGCUGCUCAUCAAUGGCGGCGCUGGAUCCGGCGGUGUGUCUAUGACCUCCAGUCUGUCCCAAACGACGCCAAUGCAACUGACGCCCAGCUCCUCGUACGACCCGUUCAAGCGGAACGAUACCAAACGGAAAAGCAUCUCCAAUUCGUUUUCCAGUAUUUUCCGACGGCCCGGAUCUUCCGCUUCAUCUGGUAUAGCACAAGUAUUUCAGUUUUUUACCGGAGGAUCAAGCAACGCCAACUCACCCGCCAGUCAUCAAUCCUCGGCGACACCGUCGCCGGCCGCUUCCCAGCAGUACCUUUCGUCUAACAGCUCCUCCGGGGUAAGUAGCUUCAUGGGCAGCAAUCGGCGGGACUCGCGAGAAGCGGAAACCCAGUUCGUGGACCAUCCCUCCAUGGGACCGGCGUCCGGGAUGGGCGGCCCCAGCAGUCUAACCUCGACCGGCAGUCCACACAACAGCCUCGAGUACUCGCUGGUUAACAUUAACGGUUCGAUCGUCGGUGGCGUCGGAAGCGAGCGGCAACGUGAUUUGGCCGUCAGUGCCGUUGUGCUGGACGAGUGGCUAAAGGAACUAUCCGCCAUCACCCAGGAACAGUGCAUCAUAAUGAUAUCGGAACAGGUUUUGACCCAGCCGCAAGGAAAAACUAGCUGAGGUCCGGCUAGGAAGGCUAGAAAACCGAUCAAAUCUAGUUAAUAGGAAGUUAUUUAAAAUUUUACUAAGCUACAACUAUCUUAUGAUUUUGUUUUUACGAAUCAAUUUUAGAACAAAUGGCGAUUUUAUUGCACGUCUGAGACGAAAAUCGCCCAUGGAAGUCGCUUAUUUUUUUUCAUAUACAUCACAUCGUUUCAUUUCUAAAAUGAAGACAAUUUUAUAUUUAAUUAGGGCUUACAUUUUAUUUUAUUUGUCUUCUCGUUAUUCCUUUUUCAAAAUCUUGCGCUACGUUUUUACACGUCUUAUCUUGUACAUUUUUAUACAAUGAAACUGAUUUUACGAAUGCUUUAAACGAUAAUGAAACGAAUGAAAAGUUUUAAGGUCUUUGCGUGUGCAGAUCCUCUCUCUUACAACGAUUCUCUAAUCAAUCGAUCAACUAACUAAUCAGUACACACAGUAGCAAUUAUCAAACAGCCGACCAAAAAGCCAAAAAUAGCUUCAAACGUCCAUAGUAGUGCAACCGUAAAUAAUAAUAAUAAUCAAUAAUCGUUCGGAUUUGUAAGUAUUUACGCGUAUUAGUACAGUUCACGAGUUGACAUGCAAUAAACAGUAACAAUUACCUUAAAAAACGAAGCAUAUAUGGUAGAUUGAAAACCGAGUUGUAAAGUGUAAUAAGUAACAUUUUCUCGCGAAUAGGUUCAAUGAUGUAAACGAGCAUAUUUUUGUAGAAAUAUAUACAUCAACUGAUUGAUAUUUGAGAGAGAGACUAAA